AACUCCCUCUGCUCUUCCCCAAAGAUCAAAGCUCACAAAAUCACAGAGACACCCAACAUAAAACCCUGAAUUCUUACUCUUUGAAUUUAGGGUUUUUGAUUGGAUUCGUCUGAACUUGUUUGCUGUUGUGAAAUCCGAGAAUUCGCAGGGUGGAAAAUGGCGGUUUCGAGUGCGUUCGUGGGUGCAAAGCUCGAGGCCUUGAUGGUCAGCAAUACGGCGUCGUCCUCCGCCGUUUCUGCCUCCGCCUCCGCCUCACCGGCUCAGGUCGGCUUGUUCUGCAAGCCGGUGGCCACUCGUGCCAAACGAGUGGCUCUGAUGAGGAGGAAUUCGGGAAUCAUCAGGGCUGAGGUUCAGACGGAAAUCGUUGACCACGCCAAUGCGGCUUCUUCCUCGGCUUCGAGCCUCUCAGCUCUUGAACAGCUCAAGGCCUCAGGCGCUGACAGAUAUACGAAAGAAAAGAGCAGUAUUGUUGUAAUUGGUCUUAGCAUCCACAGCGCACCUGUUGAAAUGCGAGAAAAGCUUGCUAUUCCUGAAGCAGAGUGGCCUAGAGCUAUUGGCGAACUAUGUGGUUUGAAUCAUAUCGAAGAAGCCGCUGUUCUUAGUACAUGCAACAGAAUGGAAAUCUACGUAGUAGCACUUUCAAGGCACCGGGGAGUUAAAGAAGUGACCGAAUGGAUGUCCAAGACUAGUGGAAUUCCAGUGUCGGAAAUAUGUGAGCACCGGUUUCUGCUAUACGACAAAGACGCAACUCAACACAUCUUCGAAGUCUCAGCUGGGCUCGAUUCCUUGGUGUUGGGCGAAGGCCAAAUCCUUGCUCAAGUCAAACAAGUGGUCAAAGUCGGUCAAGGCGUUUUGGGAUUCGGGAGGAACAUAAGCGGUCUCUUCAAACACGCAAUCACAGUCGGAAAAAGGGUCCGAACAGAAACAAACAUAGCAUCAGGGGCAGUUUCCGUGAGCUCCGCCGCGGUAGAAUUAGCCCUAAUGAAGCUUCCGGAAAGUUCCCACUCCACCGCCAGAAUGCUAGUCAUCGGAGCUGGCAAAAUGGGGAAGCUGGUGAUCAAGCACUUGGCGGCAAAAGGCUGCACAAAGAUGGUGGUGGUGAACCGAACUGAAGAAAGAGUUUCCGCUAUACGUGAGGAUAUAAAAGACGUUGAGAUAAUCUACAAGCCCCUAACCGAAAUGGAAAACUGCUCGGCCGAAGCUGAUGUCAUCUUCACAAGCACUGCAUCGGAAAUCCCUCUCUUUCUAAAAGAGCACGUUGUAGACCUACCGCCCGUAGGCCCCACUGUGGGUGGUGUGAGACUUUUUGUGGAUAUAUCUGUUCCAAGAAAUGUAGGUUCCUGUGUGAACGAGCUCGAGAAUGCACGUGUGUACAACGUGGACGAUCUUAAAGAAGUCGUGGCUGCUAACAAAGAAGAUAGGCUCAGAAAAGCCAUGGAAGCUCAGACGAUUAUCGCAGAGGAAUCGAACCAGUUCGAAGCGUGGAGGGAUUCGCUCGAGACAGUCCCGACUAUCAAGAAACUGAGGGCGUAUGCGGAAAGAAUAAGAGCUGCUGAGCUGGACAAGUGCUUGUCCAAAAUGGGGGAAGAUAUUCCGAAGAAGACACGAAAGGCUGUGGAUGACCUCAGCAGAGGGAUUGUGAACAAGCUGCUUCACGGUCCGAUGCAGCACUUGAGGUGCGAUGGAAGUGAUAGUCGGACUUUAAGCGAGACCCUCGAGAACAUGCACGCACUUAACAGAAUGUUCAGUCUAGAAACUGAGAUAUCCGUGUUGGAACAAAAGAUUCGAGCUAAGGUGGAGCAAACACAAACGUGAGUAAGGUUAUAUUCGUAGCUUUACUGGGUGUUUUUUGGAUCCCGUUUCUUGGCGAAGCCCUCCAUUGUGAAUAAGCGGAGAAGUCCUUUGAUUUGUGCUUUUUCUUGUGGUGGUGAUUUUUUUUUUUGGUAGUAGUAUAUAUAUAUUUAUGGGAAUUGAUUUCUUGAAAAUCUUUCCACACAAUGAUGUGAUGUGUUACAUUUGUUUGGAAAUACUGAAUACCUUUUCUAAUUGGUCAUAUUCUUAUAUUUGUCCAUGCAUCUGUGUGCAUGAAUGUAUGUCCAGCUUUGUACAAUGUACAAUAUGUACUCUUGUUGUAUGUGACUGUAACCUCUCUUGAACAGUAUUUAUCUUUGUAAUAAAUUUUAAUUUUAAUUUUUU